AUAUAUAUAUAUUUGAGCAACCGUAGGUACGCAUGCUUUUGGAUCAUCGAGUGAUACGUUAUUGUUGUCAGUUGUUUAUAGGUCAGUGAUAAGUAAAAUCAUCGCAGUUAGUGCAUCUCUUGCUAAGAAGAGAAAAUUCUCAUGGAAUGGAAAAGAUUGCAAGUUGAUAUGACUCAUAAACAUAAGCAGCAACAUGGUUUUCCGGUUGUACAACUAUCAGAUGAUAACACAUUGAAUUUAAUCAAUCUUCCUGAUGUUGUUUUAGAAACGAUCCUGUCUAACCUUACUUAUGAUGAAAUUUCUAAAAAUAGAAUUGUUUGCAAACAAUUUGAUCGUAUUUGCAAGAAAUUGUUGAAUCGAGGUUUUAAUCUUAUGGAAAAGUAUCAUGCACAAUGUCUCCGUGCCGUUAAAAGCAAAUUACCAAGAAGAGAAUCUGAACGAAGAAGUCAUCCUCUUGCUCGCCACUGCGAUAUAUUAACAGCAAUAGAAACAAGAAUUUCUAUGUUAUCAAUGACUUUUAGCAAGUAUGUAGAAACAAAUGUGUGCUGCUUUAUUCCAGGAAAGGUAAUUGAUGAAAUUUUUCGUGUCCUUCGAUUAAUCCGUGAUACAAAGACACCUCCUCGAGCACAUGAGAUACUUCAAGAGUUGCGAGAUAUAAGUAGUAUGGCUAUGGAGCAUUUUGAUGAGAAAAUUUUGCCAGACCUGAAGCACAACAUUUGUAUGGUUGGCACUGUGAAUUCAUAUGAAUUACCUGGUGGUGCUCUCAUGAUCUCUCAUACUAGACAUCCAAACAAUGCUACACUGCCACAUAAUUUUACUUCAGAGAAACUUAAUCAGAGUUUUAAGAAAAUUUAUGACCGUACAAAGCAAAACAAGAUAUCCUGUUUAACUAUGAGAAAUCUAAUGCGCGGAAUGAAACUCAGGAUGAAGAGGCAAGGCUUUCAACUACGUCUGCAAAGCUUGAAAUUGCAGAAGCAGGCGAAGAAGUUACAUGAACAAGAUACACAGUUAGCAGAGAUGCGAAAGCAUCUCGAGGAAUGGGAACAAAAGAUGGUGGAUUUAACUGCAGAGUUGAGUCGGGCACGAGAAGGUACACAAAAUCCUGACUCACUGGAGAGUCGCAAGCACAUGGCAAUUUCAAAACACAUUAUUAACACCGAAGUUGAUACGACGUUACAAACUAAUGAGUUACACUCGAAAAAGCGUAAACUCAUAGUAGAAAGGAAAUCAUCGAGCGAUGCACAGGAUAUUAAAUUUAAAAAAUUCAUGUCAGAUCUUCUUGCAAAUAAUACAUUAGACAGUAGUUUUCCAUCCACUUCGAAUAGUUCGACUUUUUUACACUAAUCAAUAUGUACAAGGAUUUUUCAAGAACAAUUUUUCAUCCUGCUCUUUAUAUUUGUUUUCCAUUUAAAAUAUAGAAAAAUAAGCGUAGCGAUUAUACGUAGCGAUAAUGUAUCGUAUUACUUGAGGACGAUCAUAAGAAACAAAUCUUACAAGGAAAAACUAUUUCAAUUUAUAUUCUACGAUAUCGAUACAAUAUACAUGAUACAAAUCGCGGCGCGGAAUUAGAGAAUCUCAAUAUUUUAAUAAAAACAAAUUUGGUUGAAAACCAUCAUUAACAAAUCUUAUGAGAAAUGUUUAUUAAUUGUUUAAUGUUAAUAAUUUAAUUUAAGUUCUAUUAUAUGAUAUUGAUACAAUCGACGACGAGAAACUAGGAAAGUCUUAAUUAUUUCGCACGACUGAUGGGGAUUUUUAAGAGAAUUAUCAAAAAAUCUUACGACAAAUAUAUUAUUUAGUUCAUUUAGUUAAGUUCUAUUCCGCGAUAUUGACUUAAAUAAUGUACAAACGAACAUUCUAUGUAAAUUUAUGGCGUUUUAUUAUAAAAUUUCUAAUCAUGCUAUAAUACUGUCGUUAUAAGAUAUAUGUAAGAGAUAAACACUACAUAAAGUAUU